AUGGUGGUGCAGGGGGUAGCACUGUCGCCUCACAGCGAGAAGCCCUGUGAUGGACUGGGAGCCUGUCCAGGAUGUACCCCGUCCUCACCCAAUCCACAGCGCUACCAGGCUCUGAGCUGUGGGCAGUGCUGCCUCAGACUCGUCUGUCCCCGCUGGCCCUUUCGUGGUGGAGGAGGUUUGGGUCAAGAGAUGCCCACACCUGAAGACGAGAGCAGCGACUACAGCGAGGCCGAGGUCCUCCCCGACUCCUUCCCGUCAGCGCCGGCAGAGCCUCUCCCAGAAUUCCUGCUGGAACCGGAGGACGCUUUUAUCGUAAAGAAUCGGCCGGUCCAGCUGCGGUGCCGGGCGUCACCGGCCACGCAGAUCUACUUCAAAUGCAACGGAGAAUGGGUCAAUCAGAACGAUCACAUCACCAGAGAGAGCCUGGACCAGAUCACAGGUCUGGUGGUGAGGGAGGUGGACAUCUCAGUGUCGAGGACCCAGGUGGAGGAGCUGUUUGGGCUGGAGGACUACUGGUGCCAGUGUGUGGCCUGGAGCUCGGCUGGCACCACCAAGAGCAACCGUGCCUACGUUCGCAUCGCAUACCUGAGGAAGAACUUUGAACAGGAGCCGCUGGGGCGGGAGGUGCGACUCGAGCAGGAGGUGCUGCUGCAGUGUCGCCCCCCGGAGGGCAUGCCCGCCGCUGAGGUGGACUGGCUGAAGAACGAGGAUGUCAUCGAUCCGUCACAGGAUUCCAACUUCCUGAUCACCAUCGAUCAUGAUCUGAUUAUCAAACAGGCCAGACUCUUAGACACCGCCAACUACACCUGUGUGGCUCGUAACGUGGUGGCCAAAAGACGCAGCAGCACCGCCACACUCAUUGUUUAUGUGAGCGGAGGUUGGUCUUCUUGGACUGAAUGGUCACAGUGUAAUGCUCAGUGCGGGCGGGGUUGGCAGCGACGAACACGCAGCUGCACCAAUCCCGCCCCUCUGAAUGGAGGAGCCUUCUGCGAGGGUCCGCCCUUCCAGAGAGUGACCUGCACCACACUGUGCCCAGUGGAUGGAGGCUGGACAGAGUGGGCAAAGUGGUCCGCCUGCGGGACAGAGUGCACCCACUGGCGCAGUCGCGAGUGCCAAGCCCCCCCACCCAUGAACGGAGGAAAGCACUGCAGCGGCAGCAUGAUGGAGAGCAAAAACUGCACUGAAGGGCUGUGUACACGAAAUAAAAAGAUUUCUAUUGAACAUGCAAGCCAUCCGCUGGCCCCAGGUAUGGGUGUAGCGGUCUACGCCGGUCUGGUGGUGGCCCUGCUGCUGUGUGUGAUCCUGGCGCUGUGCGUGGGAGGCCUCGCAUAUCGCCGCAGACGCCGCCAUCUCCACGGAGAUAUCACCGAUUCUUCGUCUGCUCUCACCACCGCCUUUCACCCUGGCAACUACAAGCCUCCCAGACAGGAUAACCCUCACCCUCUGCAUCCCUCAGCUCCUCCCGAUCUCACAGCCACAGCGGGGGCUUUCCGCGGACCCCUCUUCUCGCUGCAGCACGGGGUCAACGACAGCCCCCACAAAAUCCCCAUGACCACCUCUCCCCUGCUGGACCCCUUGCCCAGCCUCAAAAUCAAGGUGUACAACUCCUCCACUCUUUCCUCCCUGGAGCUCCCUGCUGACAUGGUCUCAGGAGACGGGGAGAUCCUCAGCCUGAAGUCGGUAGGCACCGUGGGUAGAGAGCGGGAGUAUCAUAGUCACACCCUGUCCAGAGAGCCCGGGCUGAGCACCAGCGCCACCCUGGGUAACCUGGGAGGACGCCUCACCAUCCCCAACACAGGUGUGAGCCUGCUGGUCCCCCCUGGCACAAUCCCCCAGGGGAAGUUCUACGAGAUGUACCUCAUUAUUAACAAGUGGGACAAAACAACGCUACCCUCUGAGGGCAGUCAGACUGUGCUAAGUCCUGUGGUGAGCUGUGGCCCGUCUGGUAUGCUGCUGAACCGUCCUGUGGUCCUCACAUUGCCCCACUGUGCCCAGCUAGACACACCUACACCCGACUGGACCCUCACACUCAAGACUCAGACGCACCAGGGGGCCUGGGAGGAGGUGCUGACGGUGGGCGAGGAGACUUUGUCGUCUCCGUGCUACCUGCAGCUGGAGGAGGAGUGUUGUCACGUUCUCAUGGAGCAGCUGGGAACGUACGGCCUGGUGGGCCAGUCCUGCCCCCCGCAGCCUGCCUGCAAACGCCUGCAGCUGGCCCUGUUCGCCCCCCGGGCACCCUGCCUCUCCCUUGACUACAGCCUCCGGAUCUACUGUAUCCAUGACACCCCACAUGCCCUCAAGGAGGUGCUGGAUCUGGAGAGGAGUCUAGGCGGAGUUUUGCUGGAGGAUCCCAAGCCACUGCUCUUCAAAGACAGCUACCACAACCUGCGCCUGUCCAUCCACGACAUUCCUCACACUCACUGGAGAAGCAAACUUCUGGCCAAGUACCAGGAGAUCCCGUUCUAUCACAUUUGGAGCGGCAGUCAGAGACCACUGCACUGCACCUUCAGCCUGGAGAGAGGCAGCCUGGCCGUGUCGCAGCUCACCUGUAAGAUCUGUGUCCGACAGGUGGAAGGGGAGGGACAGAUAUUCCAGCUGCAUACAGAUAUUCAGGAGACUCUACCACCGCACUCGCCCCUCCCCUCAGGAGGCACCUGCCUGCCUUCCUCUCAAGUGGGACCCUAUGCCUUUCGCUUGCCUGACUCCAUCCGCCAGAAGAUCUGUGCCAGUUUGGAUGCACCCAGCGCUCGUGGGUGUGACUGGAGGCUACUGGCACGCAGUCUGGGCUUUGACAGGUACUUGAACUACUUUGCAACAAAGCCCAGCCCCACAGGUGUUCUGCUGGACUUAUGGGAAGCCUGUCACCAAGGUGACGCAGACCUGGUCUCUUUGGCGACCGCGCUGGAAGAGAUGGGCAAAAGUGAGGUGCUAGUUGUCAUGACAACUGAUGGGGAUUGUUGA